CCUGUGGGUUCAUGUGGGAUCAGGGUUUAACUGAGGUCUGCCCUCUCAGAGGCUUGCCAGAGCCUUCCACCCCAUUGGGCCCCCCAACUCGGAACCCCGGGGGGGACAGAGUAUCCCCUGCCCCUCCCCAGGACUGGACAAGGUGCGGCCCCUGGACUGCAGCCUUCGUAACUGCAGUGACUGUGCUUCCUUCCCCUGGGUGACUCGCUUGCUCCGUGGUAGCCAGCACCUCAUUAAGGCAACUUCCUCCUGCAGGAUGGCCACCAUGGUGCCAUCGUGGCUGCCGUCCGGGGCCUACUGGAUUUUCCUCAUCUCUCUGCUUCUAGUUGCCUGUCUACUACCCCCAGGUGCUCAGGGGCAGGAGUUCCAGAUGAGAGUGGAGCUGCAGCCCCCAGCAGUGCUUCCUGGAGAGUCUGUCUUGGUAAACUGCAGUACAGAUUGCCUCCAUGCUAAACUCAUCUCCGUAGAGACGUACCUACUCUGGGAGCCGGUGGGCAGUGGCCGGGGCUGGGCAGCCUUCCAACUCAACAAUGUGACUGGUGACACCCAGUUCUUCUGCUUUGGCCUCUGCGAUGACUUCCAGAUAGUAAGAUCCUCUAACAUCACCAUCUACCGGUUCCCAGAGCGCGUGGAACUGGCCCCUCUGCCCCCCUGGCACCCCUUGGACAAGCCCCUCCUCCUGAGUUGCCUCUUGUCUGGCGGAGCUCCCAGGGCCCACCUCACGGUGGCGCUGUUCAAGGGGGAGGAAGAGCUGGGCCGGCAGCCAGCAGCAAAGGGGGAGCCCACCGAAGUCACGGUCACAGUGUCCGCGAGCAGAGACGACCACGGCGCCAAUUUCUCUUGCCGCACAGAAUUGGACCUGCGGUCUCAAGGGCUGGGACUGUUCCAGAACAGUUCUGCCCCCAGAAAGCUCCAAACCUUCGCCAUGCCCGUGACCCCUCCUCGGCUAGUUGUCCCACAGUUUUCGGAAGUGGAAACGUUGUGGCCCGUGGAGUGCACCCUGGAUGGGGUCUUCCCAGCCUCGGAAGCCCAAGUCCAACUGGCGCUGGGGAACCAGAGUCUGAAUCCCGCAGUCGUGAGCCACGGGGACAGGCUCACGGCCACAGCCACCGCGAAGGCAGAGCAGAAAGGCGCCCACGAGAUUGUCUGCAACAUGACCUUAGGUGGCAAGACCCUGGAGACCCGGGAGAACGUGACGAUCCAAAGUCAGAAUCCCCUCGCCAUCACCAUUAGCCUGGGGGUGUUAGCGAUCCUGGGUUUGGUGAUUAUCGCUGCGGCCUUAAUGUGUGUCUUCCGGGUGCAGAAGCAGAGUGACACUUAUCAAGUGAACCAAACGAGUCCUAGGCAACCCAAAGAGGCUGCGGCAGCAGAGUGAUCCUGAGCCUCGGACCCUCGGGAUACUGCAAGGCAAAGACGACAGGGGCUUGGCGGUAUCCCCGAAUUCCGCACUAAUAAAGGCUUUAAAAUCA